AUGUUCAACAAGAAGAAGACGAAGUCCCGCAUCCAGAUCUCGGCGCCGUCUAAUUUCGAGCACCGCGUGCACACCGACUUCGACGAGCAGGAGCAGAAGUUCGUGGGGCUGCCGCGCCAAUGGCAGUCGCUCAUCGAGGACACGGCCAAGAGGCCCAAACCCUUCAUCGACGCCACCGUCAUCACCACCGUGGAGCCAAGAAAGACCAUCGUGCGCGGCAGCAAGCUGGGGGUGGACGGCUCGCUGACCUGGCUGCUGGACGAGUUCGACGACAUGUCCGUGACUUGUUCCAACUCCCUGCGCAGAGGCAGCCCCCCCGUCCAGCCCCGCAGGGACUCCCACUCCUCGGGCGGGGGAGGGGGGCAGGAGAACGGGGACCCCCACCACAGACACUACUCACACCCAGAGAGACAAGACAGAGAUCGACCCAGGCAGGAGCAGCGCGGGGGGGGCGACCCCCACCACGGGCAGCGGGCGGCGCGCCCCCCCCAGAGAGACGAUGGCUCCCUGGGCCGGCCCCAGCAGCAGCCCCGGGGCCAGGAGCCCAGCCGGGCCCACAGGGACAGACCCGGCCCCCCGCCCCCCCCACACAGAGACCGACACCACCGGGAACAGGUGCAAACAGAAGCUCCUGUGGGCUCCUCUGGGGGGGGGGGCUCAUUCCUCUCAGUUCUCAGUGGUUACUUGGUUUUUGUCCAGGAGCAGGCGGCCCGCAGGGAGCAGGCGGGCGACCACCGGCCCAAGUCCAGCUAUGUGGCCCGGGAGGGCAGCCCCCAGUCCCCCAGGGACAAGAGGCCCCUCUCGGGACCCAACAUCCGCACCCCCAACCUGCCGGCCACCGAAGGGCUGCCGGUGCGACACCAUGAGUCCUCCCCCCAGAACGGGCCCUCCAGCAGCUCCAUCCGCAGUUCCUCCGGCUCCAAGCCUCCUGCGAGCCACCAGUACCCCCACCACGCCUCCCAGCCCAGCCUGACCCCCGAGGCCUCCCAGCACCCCCACACGCCGCACCCCAGCGUCCCCGCCCCGCGCCCGCCGGCGCCCUCCGGGCCCCCGCCCUCCGGCGGCCCCCCCCAGGGCCGCUCGCCGCAGAGGGAGCCCCAGAGGGUGUCGCACGAGCAGUUCAGGGCGGCGCUGCAGAUGGUGGUGGACCCCGGAGACCCGCGGACCUACCUGGACCACUACAUCAAGAUCGGGGAGGGCUCGACGGGCAUCGUGUGCAUCGCCACGGUGAAGGCCACCGGGAAGCUGGUCGCCGUGAAGAAGAUGGACCUGAGGAAGCAGCAGCGCAGAGAGCUACUGUUCAAUGAGGUGGUCAUCAUGCGCGAUUACCACCACGAGAACGUGGUGGAGAUGUACAACAGCUACCUGGUGGGGGACGAGCUCUGGGUGGUCAUGGAGUUCCUGGAGGGAGGAGCUCUCACCGACAUCGUGACGCACACCAGGAUGAACGAGGAGCAGAUUGCCACCGUGUGCCUGUCGGUCCUGAAGGCGCUCUCCGUUCUCCACACUCAGGGGGUUAUCCACCGAGACAUAAAGAGCGACUCAAUCCUCCUCACUCAUGACGGACGGGUGAAGCUGUCCGACUUCGGCUUCUGCGCCCAGGUGUCGAAGGAGGUGCAGAGGAGGAAGUCUCUGGUCGGCACGCCGUACUGGAUGGCGCCGGAGCUCAUCUCCAGGCUGCCGUACGGGCCCGAGGUGGACAUCUGGUCGCUGGGCAUCAUGGUGAUCGAGAUGGUUGACGGCGAGCCGCCGUACUUCAACGAGCCGCCGCUCAAAGCCAUGAAGAUGAUCCGGGACAACCUGCCGCCCAAACUGAAGAACCUGCACAAGGUGUCCCCCCUGCUGAAGGGCUUCCUGGACCGGAUGCUGGUGCGGGAGCCGGCCCAGAGGGCCCCGGCCAGCGAGCUGCUCAAGCACCCCUUCCUGAGCAAGGCGGGCCCGCCGUCCUGCAUCGUCCCGCUGAUGCGGCAGAACCGGAUGAGAUGAGCGUCGCCCCGGGAAACGGCGUCCCGGGACACCCCUGCUCAGAGGUCAAAGGUCAGGCGGGGGCGGUGUCUUUAGGCGCUGAACUCGAGGGGAGGAUCGAUUCUUUUUCCCUUUCCAUUUGGGACAGAAGCUGGAUUUUGAGAUGGAUUUCAAGCCUGAUUUCAGGACGCUUUGAAGGAACCGGAGCUACUUUUUAAUCUCACUUUUUAUUUUUUUUUGUGGACAAUCUGGAACCUGCUUCACUGCGGAGGCGUUGCUCCCGAACCCAAAAACUUACUACUGAGAGAGGAGCUCCUCCUGGGCUCCAGAAGAGUCACUCAGACUUCAUUUUGUAGCCAUAACAAUCUACUAGCUUCCUGUUUUAAACGAGCAAACAUACACUAAGUGAAGAGGUAAACACUGGAGUGGUAGCAGAUGAAUUCUUUUAAUUCCUCCUAAUUUUCCUGUGUAAGUGUAAUAUACAUAGAAAGAUAUAUCGGUUUUUAAGGCGUGCCACCUUUGCUCUGUGAUUGUUGUUGUUUCCUGGUUUGUUGUUUUUUUUAGAUCGAGUUGAUUUUUUAAGCACUGUCGAUGAAGAUAGAAGCUGCGCUGGCAGCUGGAACACUAAAGUGUCUGUUUGUCUUUUGGUUUAGUGGAGAAGCCGUGCACAGGCCUGUAACACUGAGUCCAAACCAGCCGGCUCUCUCUUUACCACUGAGUCUCACUGUAGUAUUUUUAGACCCGCAGGUUUUUCAACGCCCACCACUAAUUAUUUCAGCUGGUAGAGGAAAAUCGUCUCACACACUAAUGGUUCGUUUUAUUUAGGAAACUAGUUUUGAACGGGAUAAAACGUGUUUAAGCUUCUCGCUGGGCAGCUGUGUUCAUUCUGUGGUGCACAUCCGCCUCCUUAUUCCUCCUCUGUGGCCAAAACACUGAUUUUUAGAGAAGAGUUUGCAUUUCUGAGCUCCACUUGUCCCCUGAAUGCCUCGUUAGGGGUUCCGACUUUGUGUUUUUUACUCAAAAGCUGAGAAAAAGGACCAAAAGUCGUCCGAAAAGAAGCUUUUAAGAAAAAAAGAGGCUUUUCUGAUGAUUACAAGUGCUCAAAUUCCUGCGAACAAAAGCAAGAGAGGAAGUUUUUACUAGUGAACUGACCUCCAUCAGAAGCCAUUUUGGCAGAUUUGGAGCUCUUUCUGACGUCGGUCUGCUGAAUGAGUGGCUUAAAGUUAAAAAACGACGGCAGAGGAGCUGAAACUGUGGCCUCUGAGGGGCGUUUUCUGAAAAACAAACACUAAGAAGUGGAAUUCCCUCUGCCUUUGGGGUCGUUAUCCUGUCAGAAAUGCAGAAAGCCCUGCAGGAAAGCGGCCGGAGCUCGGCUGAACGCCGAUCGUGUGCGUGCACGGCGCCGUGCGCGGCGAUAAGUGGCUGCAAAUGAGCUUUGCUAAAGCAGACGCGGCGAGUGCUCUGGGCCCCGAACAAAAACCACAGCCUCUCAGAGCAGGAAGUCGGUCUAAUCCACACUAAUUCUUUGUUUUCUGACGCUGCUGAGCAGCUCGGUGGCUGUGACCUGGUUUGAUUGUUUCUGGCGUGCGGCUGCCGUGACGACGGCGUCUCCAUCCGGCUGCUGCUUCACCGCGACGGGCCCGACUUCCUCCCGGCUCCGCCGGAGGCUUUGGGGCCCAAAUGGGGCCCAAACGGGGCCAUCUGGCUGUUUCUAAACCACUAGGAGACGAGAGUCCGGCCACCUCGGCUCCCCGGAAUCGUGACUCCGCCUCCAGCUGCUGACAGCUGGCCCUGAGGCGCCUCGGGGGCGUCUGCACUUCGCUUUUAAAGCUCUGAGGGGUCGGCUUCUGUGUCUGUUGUGGUCGGAGGCCAACAAUGACUCAGACGUUUCUGCCUCUUCUUUUCGGGGAUCCCGUGUCCUCCUUCCAGCGGCUCCUAUCGGGCCUGGAUGGUGAAAAAUGGGGAAAGAAGCAGGUUAAAUGUCAGUUUUCUGUUUCCAGCUGAACUCUCAUGGGUGAAAAUCAGCAGGAGAGUGAAUUUCUCCACUUGUUGAUGUAUUAAAUCGAGCAAACUGCAGCGUGAAAUGCGAUUUUUGACCUCAGACCAUUGACAUUUCCUCCUGGUUUUUCUCCCCGCAGCAGCUCUUAACACUUAGUUUGGUUUUCCAGGUUUAAUCAAACUCUACCGAGUCCUUUUCGGCCUCCCCGACCCCUUUGAUCCUCUUUUCUUUACCAAUGUGAAAGUCCUGUUUGUCCACUGCUGUGACGCGUCAUAACUGCGUUUUCUGGAGCAGGUUUGUCUAAUUUCACGCCUUAACGGCCACAAACUGACUGGAAACUUCCAGAAGCUCGGGCCUGAGCUUCUGGGGCUGAAAAGGUCCAAUCCGGGGGGGGCUGAUGAGGAGCUUCCAAAGGUUUCUGUGGAUUCGGUGCCUCGCUCAGCAGCCUCAGAUCUUUUACCCCCCCCUCCCCCUUUGGGGACGUCAUCCAUCUUCCAGUGAACAUUUUGCAGCGUUUUUCCCAGAAGCUGCAAAAUGUUCCAGCUUAUUCUGUGGGAUGUCUGUGGAGUGGGGGGGGGGGGGUAGUGACUCACCUCCUGUUUCUGUCAAUCUGUCGCUUCUCCGUCAUUGUUUUUUUGUAAAUUUCACUGGUAUUGUAAAACAUAGACUUCAGUUUUUUGUUUUCUUUUUUAAAUGUGCAAAUACAGUUUUUUUGGAAAACACUCGUGUCGUGUUUU